GUACGGCGUAUUAAUAGCCAAGUAUAGAGCGGUGGUGGGGCCGCGGUUGCUCCCGGGUGAAAAUAGAAAAGAAUGUUUUUGGAAUCCAAUUGGACUUGGUUGGCAGAACGAUGGGGCAAUAUGGCCGACUUGGCCGAGCGGGUGGACGAUCUGAUAUGCAGUUUCGACUCGACUGGUGAAACGACCAUGGAUACGCUAUCGAUGCUGAUAUUCGGCUGGAUGUUGUUCGGUCUGGUGGUGUUGUGCGUUGGCAAAUAUGUGUACAAUCGUUUCGUGCUGAACGAGCUCACCGCCGCCGCCACCGCCGCCGCUGCCACUGCCGCCGUCGCCUCAUCAUCAUCAUCGUCGUCGUCGUCACCGCAGCUCGGCAAGGAUAGUGGCCAUGAGAGUGUCGUGACGACGAGUACCGCUGGUACCAUUGUUGGAAGACUGUUUAACAAGUCCAAAUUGGUAUCACCGUCGUCAUCAUCAUCGCUCGUUAGUAGAUCUGGUACCGGUGGUGCAGGUGGUGGCGCGGGUACCAUUAGUGUUGGCAGUGGCGGCGGUGGUACCGUUAGUGCUGCUGCUGUUGCUGCUGCUGGCAGUGGUGGUGGUGGUGGUGGUGGUGGUAGUGGUACCAGUGCGGUAGCAGGUGCGAGAUCUCCGUCGCCGGGCUACGUGCCGCCCACGCCGCCGAUCAGGAAACGAUUGACCCGGAAGACCUCCGGUGCUUUCAUCAGCCCGUCUCGAAGUUCCAGGGCACUGCAUCUUCCGACCGCGACUGGCGCCGAUGCCGAGGCAGUGCGUUGGGUUAACGAACUGAUCGUGUGGCUUCAUCACGAUCUCGUCAUCCUCAAUGAACUCUUGGCCACUUGGGUGGUUUCCCUUAACGAUUUUACUGUCGGUUCCACGGACGAGCAUGGAGUUGGUGUCGAAUUCGUUCGUGUACUUCCAGAGACUUAUCCGCCAACCUUGUCAAAUAUCUUCUGCGAAUGUGAUUCGAAGGAUGAUGUGACUAUCACAUGCGACUGUGAGGCUACUCCAGCUUUACAGCUGAAAGCAUUUCGGCAACGAGGGGAUAAGGUAGACAUUAAUCAUUAUCGAGUCAAUGUCAAUCGUUUCCGAGCUCGUCUCAACGUCGUCUGUAUUACUGAGAAGAUGCUGAUCGAUCUGAAAUGUGAUGGUUGGCCUGAGGUAAAGAUUUCUCUAGCAGCAGUGGGUACAAUAAAGAAAGACUUGGACGAAAGCCAGUUACAAGAAGUGGUAACGGAAAUUGUGGUGGGUGCCCUGCGAGGCAUCAAUGUUCAUUUCAAUCUUUCUCAAUAUCCCACGUGUCCUCGAUUAUGGAGAGAGCCGCCUCCUCAGCCAGGCUUUUCAUAUCCUACACAUUACGACAGUGUAAAUUCAAUGGUACAUCAACCAUCGUCGCAUCAACGUCUUCAAGGACACUCCGUAUCCUCGCCUCCAAUGCAAUACGUACCUGGCGAGAGGCGUUUGCUUGUGAAGGUUGUAAGGGCUAUCGACCUCGGCGGUCAACAAGGAGCUGUGGAGCCUUACUGCGUCGUGGAGUUGGAUGAACCGCCGCAGAAGAAUCAGACUUCUAUAAAAAAAGACACAAAAAAUCCGCUGUGGGAUGAGGCAUUUUUAUUCGAUAUAAGCCAUAACACGAGCGAAGUGUUAUUAGAGGUGUUCGAUCAUGUCAACAAAAGUCAAAGAUUUUUGGGGCUAGGAAUCGUAGGCGUCGAGGAACUUGUCAUGAAUCCGAGUCAACGGCAAAUUAUACCUCUUCAGGCACGGCCAUACGAGCAAGAUGACAUUACAGGCACCCUCACGGUGGAGUUUUUGUUCAUCGAGGGUGCGGAGGUACCACAAAUUGGGACCAAGCCUUAUAAGGUCAAGGAGACGAUAAAGCCAGCCUCGCCGAGUCGAUCCUACAGUCAAAAUGUCAUCAGCAGCAAUAGUCUGAACUACAACAAUGGUAACAGUACACUUAUCUUGUACGACUCUGCCGCACAGUCGGAAGGGGAUUAUUUGACAAAUGGUAACAUUGUGGAUUCACCAUACAAAAGCGGGCAAACAAACGGUAAUAAGGGAACUUUGAUUGUACAUAGUCAGCAAAGGCAACCAGAACGGCAGAUUGUCAAGGUCGCUCUGAUGGAGACUGGAAACUGGCAAGAGAUAUCUCCGGAACACGGAACAAAAGAUGUCAAUGCUAUCUCAGGACCAGAAAGCACGCCUAAUUCCUCCAAUUCAGAAGAGAGAGGAAGAGCACGAAGAAAACGACGUGAUUUCUUUGGAACCAUAAAAAAACGACUGAGUCGAUCUAAAACGAGAAGCAGAUCAGUGGGUCCUGAAGGAGAAAUUAAUCACGAAGACGCUCAUUCGAGAUCCAUAUCUGCCGACAGAGCUCACGACCCUGGAUCUGUUCAUCUAUCGGUACCAGAACAAUCGAGACGAUCAAGUUUGAGUGAAGCUUCGGGUAUAAGCGGAACAUCUACGAGAACAUACGUCAAUGAAGCUUCCACGCUUGUUCUCGAAACUUUGGAGAACGGUAUAAAGAAACAUUACCUCGUACCACUUUCUCUCGCACAGAAAAGUAAAUGGAGAAAAAAAGGGAUAAAGCUGCACAUAUUUAACGAUCAUACAUUUAUCGCCAAGCACAUGGCAGGAGGAACAGUUUGCGAAAUAUGUAAAAGAACUCUUGCACGAAGGCUCGGUAAGCAGGGUUACGAAUGUAGGGAUUGUCAGAUGAAGUGUCACAAACACUGUCACGUGAAAGUCGAUACGACAUGUCCUACAUCCACUAUCCAAAGUAUCGAGUUGAUGUGCAUCAAGGUUCCUCCACUCGAACGAAAACCUUCUAUGCUUCUAUGUUCGCGAUAAUGUCGCGAUACAUUAAAUUUCGGACAUGCGACUUAUUUUUCAACUUAAGACAACACAAUGAUGAUCGUAAUCCAUUUCUAAAAGUUUCAUAUCUGUCACGUUUUAGUUCUUCCAUAUUCGAGAUGAAAAGAUUACACUAUAGAUUUACAAAAAAAUAUAUUUUUUUUAAUUAUUUUGAUCAGAUAAGAUGUUUCUUAUAGAUUUUUGGAUACAUCGAAAACGAUGCCAAAUUUCAGCACGUCACAGGCUUCCAAAAUAAUCCAAAUUUAAUGUAUCA